AUGGCGCAUAUCGUGGAGAAUGGCUGGAAAAGAUACAAACAACUCAUAAGCGAUAAUCCGGAGACUGUCAGUCAAAUUGAAACGACGUCUCGCGUACUGUCUUACAUUAUUGCAGGUCGGAUCGAUGAUUCUCAGGUGUUGUCUGAGUUAGUUUACCUUUCCUCCAAUCUCCUGGUUUUCCUCAAUGACCAGAUCUUGAAGAAUUCUGCCAAACUAAUUCCAAAAUUGUCAUUGUCACAAGAAAGGAUACAGAAGCUUCUUACAGUGCUUCAGUAUGCUGAAGUUUUCCUUGAGAUGUCUGCUGCAAAAUACUGGGGUAAAACUGGUCGCUGGGUCCUAAUUGUUGCUCUACAGAUAACAAAGUCUGUGUUACGACUGAUGAUGGUAUGGGUAAACAAAUCUGGUAUCCAGCCAUCACCUCCCCUACAAGCGCUGGACCGUGAUGCACUGAUACAGAUGCAGUACAAGACAAGUACAGCGAAGGAACUGAAUGAAUUUGAGGAGAAUCUGGAGACGGAGUCAGAGUCUGUCAAUGGAUCAACAUACAGCUUGAAACGAUCCGGAAGACAGAUAAGAAAAUUGUCUGCAGCACCGCCUAUGAAUUUUCGAUCGUGGAAGGUUCCAAAAGAGCAUGCUGCCUUACAGGACGAUAACCACAAUAACAAGCUUACAAUGUACACACCUACUGUGUUGUCAUCUCAAAGAAUGUGGGCGGAGACUCUGUAUAUCACACGCCCUCUUGCACACUUACUGGCGAUGUAUCUAUUUGGAGUAAAGUCUUGGAAACCUUGGCUCAUUUCAGGCGGCAUAGACAUUUCAAGUUUGUGUAUGAUGGGUGACACAGAAAACCUUAAUCCACAUGAGAAGACGGAGGUGAAGAAACGUACCAUCAUGUUAUUGUACUACUUACUCAGGUCACCGUUCUACGACCAAUAUUCCAAAAUGAAGAUCCUCUUUGCUCUACACAUGCUGGCAGAAAACAUUCCACUGGUUGGGAUUAUCUUACGGCCACUGAUUCAGUAUCUUCCUACCUGGCAGAGAAUCUAUUUCUAUUUGUGGUCAACGUGAUGAUGUACAAAAUGGUUGUCUCCCUUGACCUUGCACUUGAUUGGAAUUCGUUGAUGCAGGAUGUCCUUUAAGGUUAUCUUAGAAUAUAUCUGGAGUAGGAAAUGUUGGAAAUUUCUUAAAGUUUUGAAAAAUUAACUGGAAAAUCUCUAUAAAGUGAUGCUGUCAUAGAGAAGUAUUAAACCAAAGAAAAUUUUUGAUUCAAGAAAACCAAAAAGAUAAUGACAGUCUUGGAAGUACUACUACAUACAUGUAAUGAACAUUUGUGAAUUCCUGAACAGUGAACUGCAUAGCUUGUUUCUUUACUAUGCAAACUAACCAGAUGAAUUUACAUUGUAAAUAUGUGAUCAUUUUUAUCAAGAUAUUUAAAGCAUCAUUGGAAAUUUCUUCUAGCAAAAUUUUACCUUGAACUCAUGUAGAUGCUGUGGAAAGUGAUUUCGACACUUAAUCCACCAUCUUUUUCUUUCUCAAUUGUUAUGACUUGCAAAAGGUAUCAAAGCUUCAUUUGUGUCUUUGAAACCAUAUGAAGCCCCAUUGCUCAUCUUUUCUUUACCUGUACACUGUAAACAUCCAUCCUUUACCUGUAUACUGUAAACAUCCCUCCUUUACCUGUAUACUGUAAACAGCUCCCCUUUACCUGUAUACUGUAAACAUCCCUCCUUUACCUGUAUACUGUAAACAUCUACCUGUAUACUGUAAACAUCCCUCCUUUACCUGUAUACUGUAAACAUCCCUCCUUUACCUGUAUACUGUAAACAGCUCCCCUUUACCUGUAUACUGUAAACAUCCCUCCUUUACCUGUAUACUGUAAACAUCUACCUGUAUACUGUAAACAUCCCUCCUUUACCUGUAUACUGUAAACAAACCUCCUUUACCUGUAUACUGUAAACAUCCCUCCUUUACCUGUAUACUGUAAACAUCUUCCCUUUACCUGUAUACUGUAAACAUCCCUCCUUUACCUGUAUACUGUAAACAUCUUCCCUUUACCUGUAUACUGUAAACAUCUCCCGUUUACCUGUAUACUGUAAACAUCUCCCCUUUACCUGUAUACUGUAAACAUUUUUACCAUGUUUGGAAAGUCCACUUCUUGUUCUUGACCCAUUUCUAUGAAAGUUUUAGAAUUUAGAUAUUUUUUUUUUAAAGGUAUUGUUGUUGUGUAAUAUUUGUGUAUGUAAUCAGUGUCUAAAUACGAUUGCUUCUGCUAAACAAUAAAUAUAUGGGACCAUGUAUAUUAGUGCUAUCAAUAUGGUCGUGGGUGCGUUAUAUAAAAUCUUACACAAUUUACGCAAUCUGAGUGGAGAUAUUACACGCUUUUGUUUUUAUUUUCUUCUUUUUUUUUUCAGGUUUGAUUUUCCCAACAUGUUUUAUUGAUACGUAAUUAUUUACUAACCAGAAACAAAUAACCAGGUUGUGUCUUUUUAAUUACCUUUGAUUGUUUCCCUCACAGGGGGCUAAUUCAGUGAAAAUGUUUCCUGCCAGAUCUAGAGGCUUUGACUGUUUGUAGUACCUGGUACUUCUCUCAUUGUUGUGUUGAUGUCAGUGUUUGCUAAUUGUUCUUGUAAAAGAUAUAUGUGUAAAUGUAUAUUAUCUGGCAAUAAGACGAUACAUGGUAAUAACACCUAUACACAUGUUUGUACUGUAAUAUAACCAACCAAUGCUCAUUCAUUGUCCUGUAAUAAGCCCAUCCUCUACAUCCAGUCUGGCUUUUUGUGUUUCUCACUUUUCCUAUUAUUGGGAAACUAUUGGUCCAUUGAAUGAUUGUCUCCUUUGUGUGACCAUCUUGUAGGAGAAUAGACCAAAAAGCAUUAUUUCACAGUACAUGACAUUGUGUUACAUAUAUAAAACACUUAUAAUUACGACUUGCAUCCCAUGUUUUCACAGACGCCAUUGUACCUUGCUUGGGGUACAAUUAUGAAAAACCAAAAACAAAAAGGGGAACACUAAGUGAAAGAAAUCUUCCUCCGAGGGUAGAUUUAAUGUAAAUACUGUUCUCUUAAUUUUGUUAUUGUGAAUAAGGAAUGUUUGGAUGAAUGAAGUACAGUAAAGGAUUGAAUUAUGACAAAAAUGUGAGGGAAUGUAUGAUCAUUAAGUAAUUUUAUAAAAUGAAAGAGAAAAUGCUUGAGCACCGUUUCUGACCCUUCAUAUUGAAUUGUUAAAUUUUUUUCAGUUAAAAGUACAAAUGUUCUUGGCAUGUAUAUAUAUGUUCAGGCAAUAUUGAUAUAACUUUUAACCUCUAAGAGUUUUCCUUUAAACAUUGCAUAUUAAAUCAAUGUAUCUGAUUUCGGUUGUUGUAUCAUGGGCGGUAUACACAUAUAUAUAUUCUGUUGUUCUUGGGUCAUUUGAAUUUGUCUCCCAUCUUUAAGGCUUUGGAAGAGUGAUCACUGGAUGGAAUGGAAAGAAUGCAUUUUAUUAUUGCUGUGAUUGAUUGUUACAAAAUUUGCAAAUUUUGAAAGGAAAAAUGAUUGAAUCAUGGAUGAGUGUUGAUGUAAUAAACGUCGUAUUCUAGAUAAUCUGAUUAAGUUAUAGUUGAUUAAUUAAACAGCUUUUAUUAAAGUAAAUUAAAAAAUAUA